CGGUGGUGCAUUUUGAUUUUUGCCAAACCAUAUACGUACUACUUCACUGCAUUCUUCUAUUGCAUACUUAUUGUUUGAUCUUUUGUCACACAAUAACCUCUUUAUCAUUUAUGAAUAAACUCUCCUUGCAUGCUGCAUUGAAUCACCACUCCAAAACCUUGUGUUGUUAUUUAUUGGAGUAUUACCAUUUUCUCACUUCUCACUCACCUUUUCCAAAACUAAACUUUUUUUUUCACUACUUUUUUUCUUUCUCCUACAUCACACUUCUUCUCUUUUUGAACUCUUUCUUUUCUUCUCACUUUUUGAGUUGCCAAUUGUCUUCUUUUAACUUUUGUUGUUUUCUUUUGCAACCAAAUUGCAUAUGGCAAUGUGCCAAACAAGUAAGAGUUUUGGAAGCAUCAAGGUGCUAUGGGUUUUGGGGUUUAUAGGGUUGGUGAUUGUGAAAGGGGUAGAGGGUUUGGAGAAUGGUAAUGUGACAGACAUGCAAUUUGUUGGGGGAAGAGGUUUCUACAAUAGACCUUUGAUGGUUGGUCUUACUCUUAUAAAUGGCGCUGCUGCUAAAGGAGCUGUUUGUCUUGAUGGAUCUUUACCGGGCUAUCACUUCCACCGUGGAUACGGAUCAGGAUCAAACAGUUGGCUGGUACAUCUUGAGGGAGGAGGCUGGUGUGGAACUAUCAGAAAUUGCAUUUACAGUAAGAAAACUCGUCACGGUUCAUCAGUAUUUAUGGAAAAACAAAUACCAUUUAUUGGGAUAUUGAGCAACAAAGCUGAGGAAAAUCCAGAUUUUUACAAUUGGAAUAGAGUUAAAGUUCGCUAUUGUGACGGUGCAUCAUUUAGUGGGGACAGUCAAAAUGAGGCAGCAAGGUUAUAUUUCAGAGGGCAACGUAUCUGGCAAGUCGCUAUGGAGGAUUUAAUGUCAAAAGGGAUGCGCUAUGCCACACAGGCUCUUCUAUCUGGAUGUUCUGCAGGAGGUUUAGCAUCUAUACUACAUUGCGAUGAAUUUCGGGAAUUGUUUCCCAGAACAACUAGAGUAAAGUGCUUUAGUGAUGCUGGAUUAUUCCUUGACUCUGUUGAUGUAUCUGGCCGUCGAAGUUUAAGGAAUUUGUUUGGAAGUGUAGUCACAUUGCAGGGAGUGCAUAAGAGCCUUCCAAGGAGUUGUACCAGUCACCUCAAUCCAAUUUUGUGCUUUUUCCCUCAGCAUUUAAUUGCCAGUGUUAGGACCCCACUAUUUCUUCUCAAUGCAGCUUAUGAUAGUUGGCAGAUUCAAGCCAGUCUAGCUCCACCAUCUGCUGACUGGCACUGGAAUUGGUAUGAAUGCAGAAAAAAUUUUGCACGUUGCAGUGCACCACAGAUACAAUAUCUGCAAGGUUUUCGAAAUCAGAUGCUUAGAGUUACAAGAGGCUUCUCAAGGUCUCGCCAAAAUGGGUUAUUCAUUAAUUCCUGUUUCGCUCACUGCCAAUCUGAAAGACAGGAUACCUGGUUCGCUCGUGAUUCUCCUCAUAUUGGAAAUAAAGGGAUAGCACAAUCUGUUGGGAACUGGUUUUUUAAUAGAGUUGGUGUCCAAGCUAUUGGGUGUCCUUACCCUUGUGACAAAACCUGCCAUAAUUUGGUUUUCAACUAAAAGUGUCAUUCUUUCAAUACUUCUGCUAUUGCAUUGCAAAUACGGCGACUGGAUCUAAAGAAAGAAAGAAAAAAUAACAAGUCAUUGUAUUCAUUCAUGUAAACAUAAACCUCUUUUUGGAUAUGCUUAUUCAGUUUUGAUUGAAUUUAUUUGUUGCAAGUAGAUUUGGGUUCCAAUCAAUGGAACUUCUAAACAUCAUUGUACUCCAAAUAUCUAUCUCUUUACACAUUAUAUAUAAUACUCUUGUAUUUCUUUGAGUUCAAUUGUUGUAAUUCAUUUUUUGGGAGGUAUUCAAUCUAUGGAUCAAAUCUGUCAUAUUUUAGCCUA